AUGUUAGUAAUUAGUUGAAUAAUUUUAUUGUAAAAUUUGUAUAUUUGUGUAGGUUUUAUUGAUAAAUAGAGCUAAAAUACUAUGCCGUAAAGAUUUUAAGUAAUUCGUCACGAAAUUAUCUAAAACAUGGUGGAAGAAACGAAUGCAAACUCCAACAAGCCGAAGACGCGGGCUACUCGCCCCAAAGCUGUGUAUCUAUGGACCGAAGCGGAUGUGCAGAAAUGGUUGAGCAGACACUGCAGUGACUAUUAUAAUAUGUAUUGGCAAAGGUUUCAUGAGCAUGACAUAACGGGCAGAGCAUUAAUCCGAAUCAAUGAUACCACACUCCUCCGAAUGGGCAUCACCAACAAGGAGCACCGAGACACCAUCUGGCGGGAGAUCCUCAAACUCCGACUAAAGACCGACAUAGUGGACAUCAUUGACUUGGCUCGCCACUCCUACUUCGACUAUGAUAUGUGACAAAGAAGAUUGUGGGUCAACUUGGCCUACAUUAUAGUAUUCUUUAUACUACUCAUACGACAUGCUAUGGACAAAUAUUUCUACCAUAUUGAAAAUACUAGGUACAGUAUUGUAUUUUGUAUGUUAUUUCUACACUAUUGUAUGGCCAAAUAUUUUAAUCUGAAUAUAAAAAUAAGUGAUCUGUUUGACCGUAAAGGUUUAAGAUUAUGUAUCUGCUAGUUAUAUUAUUUACGAAUGUACCAUCGGCCAUGGCCCACACUUUUAAAGUGUCUAUCGGUGAACCUUAUGCCUUUUGUAAUAAGGUCCACCAAUGGACAGUUAAGAGUGUUGCGGUUUGUAUAGAGGAGGAGUUUACAACUAUGUUGGUUAUAUAAGGGCCAUACAUAUUAAAGAAUUUGUUAGAAAAUCUACAUACUCGUACUGAAGUACUUUUUGCCAGAAGUCACUUUGGACAGCUUGUGUAAAGUUUAGCCAAUGAGAUUCUAAUGCUGUCUUUCCACUGAGGAAUAUAUGAGCAGAGAUGAGAGGAGUUGUGUGGGAUUCAAAUCAAGCAUUUGUUGUCUUCUCAUUAGUAUUGGUACCUAUUCCAGCAAAGCGGAAAAGGCAACAAAUGCUAUAGGUUGUAGAUGUAGUGUAGGGACGCCCGGCUGGAAGCAGGCAGGCUGUCGAUCACAUGUCGCGUUCAUUCAGCCCUGUUCCCUAAAGUUGGAGCUGCAGGUAACUGUCCCGGCGGCAUUCCCAUACUAUUCUCCUCAAAUCUUCUUGUUUUCCUACAGAACAGAAGGACAAGGACUAAUGCUAUAGGUAAUGAUUCCCGCAUGUCUCUCACCUCCGCUCAUCUGUGGUAAGGCAGCCAAAUAUAAUGAAAGUGUCUGAAAGAGUUUCUUUACUGGUCUGCAUUGUGUUAUACAGACUUAAACAAAAACAUAUCUGUAAAAUGAAUAAGUUAAACAGCAACCAUUAAAUAUUCAAGUAUCAUGCAUUAGCCUCCUAAGGCCCAGCCAUACAAAUGAAAAACCCAUAAUUCGCCACAGGAAUUUGAACCUUUAGUGCAGGGAAUAGAGUUGAUUUUGGUUUUGUUUGAGAAUUGAAUGAAACAAAACAAAUGCGACUCUGUUCCAAUUGAAUAUGAUUUAAAUUUCAGCGAACUGAAUAAGUACUUUAUGUAGGACCUUGGGCCUUACGAGGUUAGUACGAUUCAAGAAAAAUAAUUUGAAUUUUUCCGUAAGUUGUAUAGAUGGCAGCACAGUCUCUCGCUAUAUCGUAAUCUCGUAAGUACAGGUACAGAUGGACUGCAACCCGACUGCCACUUGUAUGGGAGCUGCACGCCGACGUUGCAGUUGGCGUGCAGUUCCCACACAGAUUGCAGUCUGUCUGUAUCGGCCCUAAGUGAUUCGUAUAAGAGAUGCAAACACUUUGCUGGCCCAAUAUUACAGGGUUCUAUGUUACUUUACUUAUUUUUGUAUUUCACGAGACACAUUUCACACAUCAUAUAUCUUUGUAUAAUUUCACACAUCAGACUUUGUAUAUUACUUGUCUAGCUAGAAUUUCUGAAAUGUAAAAUAAAAACAUUAGAUAAGUAACUACCCAUUCCUUUAGCUGUGAGACAGUUAAACACUAUACAAUAGGUAUUUUAAAUAUGUAUAUAACGAAAUUUAUAUGAAAACAUGAAAUCUAUUUCAAUAUAUGAAAAGAAAUCAAAAUUAUCUUUAAUGUAAAUAAAUGUAUGACAAUAUUGUUA